UGAUCGCGGAUGAAGCCGGACAUCGCCGUGACCUGCUGCUCUUCGGCCGCAGCGGCUGUUUGAAGUGAAUGGGAUUCAAAGGGCAGCUGCUGAGGAACAUGCGCCAGGACUGAAGCGCUCUGGACACUCACUUCAUUUCCGGGGUCCAAGCGGUGCAUGCUGCCCUCCUCCGCGUUCCUCCGGAUGGACACCGGCCCCGGCGCGCCCCCCUCCUCCGCGGUGGCCGGCCCCCCCUCGCUGUGGCGCCUGGCUGAGCGGCGCAGCAGGAAGGCUGGCUCGGCCAACAUCUUCAGCAGCGUCCACCUGUGGCAGCUCCAGAGACUGUUCAGGGCGGCGGGAGACCAGGACGCGGAGCAGAGGGCCCAGCUGGUCUGGGGCCACAGGGACGAGGCGGAACUGGCCCAGGCGCUAAUUGGGCUGAGGGCCCGGAGCCACCACAGGGGGCUGAGGUCUGGCGGGAGAGAGGCGUUGGGCUCACACUGGCUGCGAGCCUUCAAUCACCUCAGAAUCAGGGAGAGUUCCCCGAGCCGCCAGGGGAAGGAUGCGGGGGAGCAGAGCGAAACGGAGGCAGCAGCACAGGGCAGCCUGGAGCCACACCAGCACGCCUCCGUGUCGGCGACGGGGAAAGGCGGCGGCGCCGCGGGCCGGAGCGACGGCCCGAGCGCCGCCGGCGCCGCUGAGAGAGCGGCUCGACUUGGGUCUGGACUGAGGAGGGGAGGCGAGAAGAACCCAGAGAGAUACCUGCACCGAAUCCUCCGCUGAGCACGACGUCGGCGUGGACCUGCCCGACUCACAGCAACACUGAGAACAGCUGGAAUGCCAUGGAUGAUGGCAGAGCACGGGUGUCAGGAUACACACCUCCAGCUAAACACUGUAGAAGAAGGUUUGCUCUGAAAACCUGCCUUACUCACUCUAACGCUGCAUAAGAUUUAUUAAGGAUGAAUCAUUUGGGUGUCUUUUUGUUUGUUUUAAAUGAGUAGGACAGCAACUACAAGAAUAUUAUUUAGAAGAUAACAGUGUUUUAGGAUGGGUUAUGUACUUUAUAGUAUAGGAUGUGGCUGUAGGUUUAAGUAAGCUCUGUAUCAUACACAAAUGUGUAGGUACACCAGUACCAUGUACUACUUUAACUUUACAUGAAAUCUUGUUUUUCUAUGUGCAAUAAAGCAAUUCAUCGAUGCACUACAACUUCUUCAAGCCCUGUCCUCUCUGUGUGUGUAUGGGGGGGGGUUAACACUGAACGCUUGGGAGCGUAGCUGUCAUGAGAUGUAGGAACACACGUCAUUGCAGAUUAAGAGCCGCUGACUUGCUUCUCUGGUCAAUCGUGGCCUCCACAGACCAGAGAUAAAAUGAGCUGUAAGAAGUCACUGAUAUGAAAGACUUUGUUACUGUUGUGUCAUGCUUUUGGACUUAUGUCAAUAAAGAAAAUGUCUCUGCA